UCAUACAAGAGGCCAAAAAGUCGCUCAGGAAUGGCCUCCCUUCAAAAGCCGUAGCCAUCCAUCGCCGAAAACAAAUAAUUUGUUGAGACAUACUUUGGAAGAGCAUUUUUGUAGGAUUACAUAGUAUACCUAUUGUAACCUUAAAACGAUGCUUGUUAAUGAACGUUAAAUUUUGGACGCUCUAUGCUGAUUUGUGUAUUGAGGUGCUGUUAGCGACAUACAUGCGUGACGACUGGAUAUGGCGUUGCGAAGAUUGACAGCAGACGUUCGGGUGCACUUCACCGCUACCGGAACACUUUUUUUGUGAACAACUUAUCGCAAGCAGAGUGUGUCCAGAAGCAACGUCAUGACUUCUCUCUUAAAAAACCAAAUUUUGAAACAUCUUUCCAAGUUUGCCAAAAACCUUUCCCCUGACAAACUGAAUGUCAGCGCUAUCAAAGGAGAGGGAGAGUUGUCAAAUCUAGAGUUGGAUGAAGGGGUGCUCACUGACUUGUUGGAACUACCAACAUGGCUAAAAAUUACAAGUGCAACAUGCAACAGGGUUGCAAUGAAGAUACAAUGGACAAAACUCAAAUCACAGCCAAUAUGUUUGUAUUUAGAUGAGGUUGUGGUCACCAUGGAGACUUGUGAGGUGCCUCGACCACCAACUAGUUCUUCGGGUCCCUCACCUCUGAGCUCAGGGGGGAAAUAUGGCUUUAUAGAUAAGGUGAUGGAUGGCAUCUAUGUUCACGUCAACUCCGUGUCAGUCAAGAUGAUGUCUCGUACCUUCAGUGCCUCAUUGCAACUGUCUCGAGUGAAGGUGCACAGCACUACUCCUGCCUGGGGAGCCACCAAUGAUUUACGAGGCACUCGUAUCCGAGAUGGUGGACGAGGUGAUCUUGUGUUCAAGGAAAUCGAGUGGCAGACAACCCGAAUAGAAGCUACAGCUGAUGAGAGCUUACCUCAGGAAUUGCUAACACCACUGAGACUAAUAGCCAACCAGGCAAAAAUCCGAAUAGUUGUCAAGAAACGUCUUAAUGAUUGUAGCAUCACCGCAUCAAGAGUUAUCCUGCUCUUGGAUGAUCUGCUGUGGGUGCUGACCAUUACUCAGCUAAAGGCAGCCAUCUUGUAUGCCAAUUCUCUCAAGCAGGUCAUAGAGCGUUCUUCACAACAGAGCAAGAUGUUGGCAGCAGAAAAACUCAAGAGGCAAGGCAUUAUGGGAGGCAGUACUACACAACAACCACAGUCACAACGACAACAGUCUGCAAACACUGGCUCCAAUGCCGAUAAAAUAUUUGCCCGGUUUGACGUAGCAACCACCUCAUACCACCUCGUCACUAGCAGGUUUGACCUUCAUUUGUGUGAUGACACCACAACUACUUCAGACACCAAGCGCCACUGGGAUGUGGCAGGUGGUUCCAUGCAGAUCACCUUCUACCGCCUCUCCUUUGACUUUUACCCAUUUCACCCAGCUGAUGAACAGUUGGUCAUGUCAUGUGGUGGAGAGCGUAAAAACUGGUUUCGCUAUUCAGACAAUAUAGGCACACGCAACAACUGGGUGCAGAAGCUGUUCUCAACAUUUCGUGAGGAUGCUGUAAAGCUUAGGAAAGUUUGUGGUUCUCCUGCCCCUUCCCCAUCAGCGUCAAGCAGCAAGCUGGUUGGUGCUGCAGCUGCUGGCACAAAUGUCCUGGGGACAAGCAGCACCAGCAUCUCUCCUCACUCUCCUUCACAUGCAAACCCUGCUGCAGCCAGAUCUCCACAAAGUUCUCCAAGCCAUCAUGUCUCCAAGACCAGUUCUCCAAGUCACCAUGCCAGCCAGCAAAAAUCUACUCGGCUGCUAGAAAGCUGCUUGGUCAUCAAGGUAGAGGACAUGACAGUCUACAUGGUAUCCACACCAGGUGCAAAGCGUUCUGGUCACCACAAAUUUUUAGCCUCUGACAAAAAGCAACUGCAUCUCCCUGCAGACAUGUCUUUGCUUCACAUGGAAUACACUGACUACUACUUCCCUGAUGGGGUGGAUUACCCAGUGCCACAUGCAAACCUUUACAUCCUGGUCAACCCUGUGAGAGUGACGCUGGAUUUUCUGACACUUCUGUGGUCCCAGUACUUCUUAUUUAACCUGGCUCAGAAUGUGGAAUUUGAUUUAGGAGAGCGAGGUCUACAGGAGCACGUUGAUAUUAAACUGGAAGCACUUAUGCCACGGGUGAUUGUACCCAGCGAAGAGAAGGUGGAGGGACAACCAGAUCGUCCAGAUGCCUUGCAGUUGCAGAUCUCUAAACUGACAGCCUCCAAUUGCCGUGUGGAUGACAAGCUGGGCAGAAGUGACUUGCAAAGAGCUUUGGAUCGUUACUACAGUAGUCAGCUGUUCCACACGUCAGAAUUUCCUAACGAUGCCACUCAUUUCCGCCUGUCUCCAUGGGCUCUAGAGGAGCAUGCAGCAGCAAAGGACAAUCCCUACCUGGACAAGGCUAUAAAAAAUCUUCUUGGUUUGGACCCCACUAGAUUGCAGCCUGACUCCACUGUUGCACAUGUGCUCAGCUGCAACAGUCUCAAGAAAGAUGCUGCAAGUGAUGUGUGGGGCCUUCACCUAGAACAGGUGUGGGUAGAGUUUCUGGGUGUUCAGAACUACAGGAACAGGCCAGUCCCUUGUGUGGAAGCAUUUCCCCUCACCCUAUGGUUCACCGAAAACAUAUCCACAAGUCUUUCCUACACUGACUUUCAUAGCAAGAAUUCUGACAGAUCUGAUCAUAGAGAGAGCAAAUCCAACUCUCCGACACCCCCACAGCGUCGUGUAAGUCAGCAGGAGGAUGUUGGACUAGACAAACGCCCAAAUCACCUGCCUCUGGGUCGGACAAAGUCUCCUGACAGUCGUGGGACGGAGAGCUUUGAGGAUAGCCACUCCUUACAGUCAGAAGAGCGAGGGGAGCAGCAGUCCAAGGCAGCUGUGCAGGGAGUGUUUAUUCUCAGCCAUUUUGGUAGCAAGAUGCGUGUACAGGUCAACCAUUACCAGUACAUUUUCCUCAUGCGGCUGGCAGAAUCUUUUGCCAAAUUCCAAGAAGACCUCAGCUCAGAUCUGGCAUUGUGGGGUGACAGCUCGUGUGCCUAUGUCACGCACGUACCCCUGGUUUUUCCACAAGCAGAGUUGGCCAUUGUAUGUCCCUACCAAAUGCAUCAACGCACUUUCUCAGAUGAUUUCAGUCCCAGCAUUCCCAACCUGCCGGAUGUGUUUGGCAUUCCGAACAGUAAUGGCAUUGGGGGUGCUGGUUCCCAGCCAUCCCUUAAUGCAGCAUCCAAUACAGAAGAAAAUGAGCUAACAGAACUGGCUUUUGCACCAGAGAGAGAGAUUCUUUUCAAUAAUGAUGGCUCCAGCUCAAGUGAAUUGAACCUGGGCCCCCCUGUAACUGGCUAUAACAAUCACUGCCAGCUAGACAACACCACCUCUGCCAACAGCUCCCAGUCCUGGGCCGGUUCAGACAACACAGGUCUUCCAAAUCAGCUGGUAGGCAGUGCACCAGUUCCUCAUCCUACAGAUAUCAAGUCCUCUUUAAUGUCAACAUCUGCUGGCUCUGAUUCGGGUAUCGGCUUGGACCGCAAGUCCUCUGUCAAGAGUGCCAAGACCAGCAAAGGGUCAGAGGUUAAAAAGGCCUUCUCGUCAGCAUUCUCCAACUUGACAGACAAAAUCAAAAACACAUUCGAUGACGGACAGUCAGAUGACGUGGAUUCAUUGUCAAUAAGGACUGACACUUCUGAUGAUGAUGACUUUGAGCAGCUCUCUUUAGACGAUGCUGAUGAAGUGCCAGCUUUUGUGCAUGAAGCUCAGUCUGAGACUGGAUCCAAUCCGGACACAUACAGUGACAUGGACAUGUCAAGCUUGUAUGCAGAUAGCUCCACCACCAAAGGUCGUGAAAUGGUGUCGCUAGUCUUGCUGCGAUUUGAAGGUGUGCAAGGAGUUCUGCAGGUCAGCAAUGAGGCAACAGUUGUGGCAGCUCAAGUUUCACAAGUUCUUCUACACCAGCCAGGCAAUGUUGCCUAUGAUGAUUUUUAUGGAAGAUUUUCCUCACCAAAAGGAUUUCUGCAAGAUGAACUUCCAGCUUCCGAUUCACCUCCCAGGUUUCCUUUUAAAUUCCGAUAUCUUCUACCCGCCGCCCCAACAGCCUCCACGCUAACCCUCAACCCAGACCAGCCAUCAGCCACAGAAUGGGCUGCAGCAGCUGGGGAAGCCACUGUGAAAAUUGAAGACUACAGUCUGCUGUUCAAGCUCUCAGGGACCAGCUUACUGUCGGACUUCAUAGGGGAUGAAAAAGCAGCACAAGUGGUGCCCUUAUCUGUAACCAUUCGUCAGUUCCUUCUGGUGCUGGAGGAGGACAGACCAGACAGUUCUGGCUCCUUGGCAAACAGCAUGCCCAUGAACUGUCACAUCGACCAUCUUUACAUCACCCGAGGCUCUGACGGCAUCUUCAACUUGACCACCAAAUGUACCUCUAGUCAUCACUGGAUGGAGUCAAGUCCUGGUGCGGAUGAUACAGACACGUUUGAGGGUCGGGGACAUCACACACCUUCAUCUUCUUCCUCUUUAACUCUCCUUACCCACACUCAAGCAGAGAACUCACAGCUGCGUCGCCAGUGUGACCAAUUGCAGCAAACCAACAAGCUGUAUGAGGAGCAGAUUCUGCAGUUGAAGGAAAAGCUUCGUGAGUGUGAGGAGCAAGUCCUGGCUGAGGGAAAUAAAUGUGAGGUGUCUGCAGCAUGUGUGGCUUCUACCGUCGCUGUGGUACAGGCCACAGUUGAUGCUGAGGCAGAAACAGAGAAGUUGCUACUGCAGGAACGAAUAAUAUCCUUAGAAGAGGACCUUAAGACCUCAGCACAGGAAAGGGAGUCCCUGUUUUCGACCCUUCAGCUUCUGCAGGAGGAACUUCUAAAAUCUGAACGCCGUGCUCGCAGCAACACCACACACUAGACAUCCUAAAAUUAUCUGCACACUGAUAUUUACGCUUGCGGAUGGUGACUUAAACUGCUGACAAUGAUCAGAUGUUCAGAGUGACUGCAGGUAUAUCUGUCAGCUGUAAAAAAAAGUUGGAUUCUUUCCCCCACGUUUUAUUGCUGACAUUGCAAGAUGACCAUCAGGGACUGGGUGUUCGCUUGAAGGUUACCCUCACUAUUUGUUCUUAUUGCUGAAAUUGCAAGAUGACCAUCAGGGACUGUGUGUUCGCUUAAAGGCUACCCUCACUAUUUGCUCUUAUUGCUGACUUUGCAAGAUGACCAUCAGGGACUGGAUGCACAGUCUUGAGUAACUCUUAGUAGUCAGCUAAACUGCUAGUAAGUUAUAAGCUUUUUAGCUGGCUACUACAAAUAUAGCAUCAAGUUAGUGCGGCUGUGCACCCAGCCUCCAAGUUUCCACCACAGCCAUACUCAAACCUGCCCCGCUGUUUUUAGCCACAAUGUCAAAUGAAAUGAGCGCAGCAGCCACAUGCCACCAAGCAGAGAAAUAUGAUAGGCACUAGAUUGUUUCAUUUUAGUUCUAAAAGUUUGCAUGAUGUUUUGUUUUAGACAGUAUAUUUGCUGAGCCUUUUUUCAGGCUGACAUUGACAGUGCUGAGCAAGCAAAGUAAGAAAGUUGUGUUGGUGGUGGCCUCCGGCAGUAGAAACAUCUUUACUCCCAGUGGUCUAGCUAGAAUGAUCUUAUGUGUCUUGCAGGUAUGUGUAGUUGAUGUAAUCAAAAUUAAGAAUGCUGGGGAAAGUUUGCACUUAAGAAGAAAUAGCUUUGGGGAAGAAAGGUUAGAUCAUCUCUGCUGCAGGAAAACUGUUCACCUUUGCUUUGUGUGCAAUCUGCUGUGCAUAAUAAUUUGCCUCUGACCAAAGAAUCAUUCCACUAUCGUGUGUUACUGAUGAUCUCUCUGACAGAUUUAUUUUUCUUGCAUCCAGGGUUGAUAAAAAUUAUGCUUUUUAUUGUGAUGUUUAUACAUCGCUCAGGUCUGAGGUCUGUGUAUUGACACGUAUUAAGCGAUUAGUCCAAACGGAACAUGCCAGUUUUGAGUGAUAUCAUCUAAUGGCCAUCACACCUGUCUCAAGUGCCAAUGAAUUCCCUAAUUGUUCAAAACAAAUAACAUGUUUAUUUCUCUUAAGUAUUUUUUUUUCCGAAAUGUUUUGUUUAAAGUGUAUGUGACUAUGUAAUACUAGUUCUUUGUUUCUGGGCUUGAUGUCUAUUUUGAAUGUAAAUAUUUCCAGGAAGUUUUUUUCAAGUGCGCAAAGCAUGAGUAAACCACACUAUUUCCACACUAUUAAAGAAAAAAAUCAUUAUUCGAACAUGAUUUUGCAGCUUAAAAUGACCAAAUCAAAAAAUACAAGACUGAAUGGGCCUUAUUAAUUUUCACGCUUUUAAUUAAAAUGUCUGAAUGAAAAGAGGUUAGUCAAAAAAUGUUUGUAAGCAAUGAACAGAUGAAAUGCCUAAGUCUUUAACCCUUUAUCUUUUCCAAGAAAAUUGAAUUCAUUUUGUCAUGUACAAAGUGAGUGUGUAGUUGAUUGUUUAAAGAUUAUUGAUAGAUAUCUAGGCAGAGGUAUGGUUCUAGACAGGGUUUUUAUAGUGUAUAGUUAUUGGAAGUUUUACUAUAACUGAGACAUUAUCGAUAAGUACAGCCAUGAGGGAGAUGAGCUUGUUGGUUAGGCAGGAUUAGUGACAAGGAACCACAUUCCAAGAGAAAGCAAGUGACUGGGCGUGACCAGAAAAUGCCCACUGAUGAGAGGAGUAUUUCAAGCAGACAAGGUAAGUGAGAAAUGAAAGUGGUACGUGUGACAAGGCAAGAGCUUCACAUGAGAUCCAGUGAUGGGUAAACAGGGUACUAACAGCUACAGCAAAGUGGAUAUUAUUUGAGCAUUUUAUGAAUAUCUGUUGUACAGCAAUUAUUUUUAUUUUUUUUAUUUUUAUUUAUUUUUUUUUUUUUGCUUUUAAUGAUUUUCAUUUUGUACUUAGGUAAAUCAACAAGAAUAAAGUUAUAUUGUGUUAGUUUCAAGUUAGAGUGUGUAAUUAUCCCAGCAAUUUAGGGACUUAUACAGCCAAUAAUGUGUGUGAUGGAAAUUUUUUUUGGUAUAUGUAACAAAAUGUGGUAAAUUGCUUUGCUUUUUAGUAUAAUCUUCAGGCUGGUUUAUUUUUCCUUCUUAAUUUUGCGCUUUAUGUGUGUAUUUAUAUAAUAUAUAAGCCAUUGUUCUGAUUGAAUGCAAAGUGGGGUUACUAGAGGUUUCGUGAUGGGAAACAUGUGUUUAAAGAUUAAUAUACACAUUUUAUGAAAUUUUGUCUACUUUUGCUGUUUUUGUUUGAAUUGUCUUUGAGAAAACAAAAACCUUGUUUUGAAAUAUUAUUGCUUCUGUGAUCAUUUUUUUCAUCCUUUGAUACUCUGUUGUUUUUUUUUAAAGCUGUUUGAAGACAUACUCAGAGGUACUUCUACAUUGUCCAUAUUGCAUGUGGUAAAUUUCUGGUGCUUAAGAUGUGGAGGCAAAAAUGUGUUAACUUGUAGCAGUUAUUGUGGUGCAUGUAGAUUUGGUACAAGUGCUUAUUUUGGUAGUGUUCUUCUGUGGAAACCAAUUGCCCUUUGUUAACAAAAGAGAGGUUACAAGUUGUUCUCCUGUACUUGCACCACUUAACGAAAUUAUUGCAACCUACAGGAGUUGAGGGUGGGAUAUGUUGAUUUUCACUAAAAGGCCACUUCUUUGUGUACAUUACCAUCACUGAAACAUAGGUGAGAUGAGUAUCUAUAGUUUAUUCAGAAGCUGCAUGGGCUGUGCAUAGAUACAUAUUACCCUAGCAUUAGAGUCUCUGUGAUAAAUGUGCCCUACCUGGCUGGCUGUUUUUUGAGUGGUCAUGUCACUGCCUAGAAGGGAGAGGCUCAUGUAUGAUUGAGUAUAGGAACUGUAUGAAAUAUCGACAUCUGCUGAAGGUAGUAACACGUCAUACAACUGAAGAAAGCUGUUAUUUCUUGUUUUUGUUUUUUAUUUUUUUAUUUUAGGGAUAUAGGGUAGGGAGAGGAAAUUGAAAGAAAGCUUAUGUGAAUUAAUGGGUUUGUUUUCAAGCAGUGUGGUUGGAAGAAAUUCUAUGCUUCAUUUUGUUCAAGAUGUUAAGAUGAAGUUUAAAAAUGCAACACAAAGCAGUGAAAAAUCUGAGAAACUUUGUGACAACAAGUAUAGAAAACUACACACAAAAAAAUUCUUUGUGAUAUCUCCUACAGCCAGGUUAAAAUAAACGAAACAUUUUACAUGCUGGUAAUGUUUUAAGAAUCACAUAUACAAUCGAGCUUCCACAAGUCGAAAUUCUCCCUUACUCGAAUUUUAAACAUCAAUUGGUUGGAUCCUGUUAAAGCAAUGCACUUUCAACUUACGUAGCUCAAAUUGACUUAACCAAAAACUUCCACAACUUGAAUAAUUUUAAGCCAAUCAGCAUGUUGAAACCAUUUAAAAACAUGUCGGAAAGUGUAAAAUCGUGUAUCAUAAAAUCGUACUCCUCCCAAUCCUGAAGGAGGCAAGAACAUGCAACUGACAUCCGUUCGUUGGUCAAGUCAUGUAAAGAUGUACCCAUUAACAUUUUUGACUCACUGUCAUCGACUUGUUUAUUUCAAAAGAAAUGAAGAGAAACUGUCGUCGAACAUCCAUAAGACUUUUUGGCUGGGAACAAUGGUGCAUGAGCACAUGCAAAAAUAAAGAUAAGUCCACAGUGAAAAAAAAGGUUCUUUUUCAACGAACUUCCUUAACUAAAUUUUUCAUCGGUCCCUUGAAGCUUUGACUUAUCAGAGUUCAAUUGUGUCACUAAUUCCUGCUUUAUUCUGUUUAUUUAUAUUGUGUAAUUCUUUGGCUGACCAAAGUCAAAGGUCAAAGUUGCUAACAAAUUUCUAGAACAUACUAUUGUUAGUUCAAAAGGAACGUAUUGUGAUUUUGUUUUACCUCUUCAUUUUGUUUUUAAAUAGAAAAGUAGACAGGACCUCUAAGGAAAUAGCUCAUGUAGCUUCAAACACAUUAAGUCUAUUUUUGACAGGUCACAGAAAUUGAGGUUUUGACAUAUUUCCUAGAGGCAACACAAUUUUUUUUUUAUUAUUUGAUAAGGCACAAAUACACACAAAAAAUAAAAUACACAUACAAAAUUUAGCAGUGCAUUUAUAUGUAUAGAAACAACAUACAUGGAUAUGAUAAUACUGUUGUUAGCACAUCCAUUUAUGUCAGUAUCCACAGAUUAUUUUGUCAACCUCUCAUCAGCCCUACCCUAUGCAGCAACUACCCAUUAGACACCAGGGCUGUACAGAUCUGCCCUACCCAGCCUUGUAACUUACAGAUGAAAUUUGGUUUUAACAUAUGGCAGUUCUCUGAAUGAUGGUUUUAAAACCCACCACCUCCCCUUUUUCGGUUUUAGCACUUCAACAUAAGUUUAGUAACCGUAAGGUUACUUUGACCCAAGCAUACUGCAUUCCCGUAGAAAGCCGACGUUCCCACCCCAUUCUCAGAAUACACUGCAUUUCAGAGUAAAGAUCACAACAUUCAUGAAAUUCUUUGCUUCAUAUUAUGUCAUGCACAAAUAAUAUGAAAAUUACACAAAAUCUAUCAAAAUCUGAAACGGAGCACAGGAUGUCUUGUUCCAUUUCAGUCUCAGGCAAGGAUUGUCUUGGAAACAAGUCUAGAAUUUCAAAGCUUGUAAUAGACCCAGGCACCAGUGUGAACGAGGGUUGAAAAUUUUGGAACCUAGAUUGUCUUUGAGGGUGAUUUCUUUGGUUGUAUUCGUUUUUUAUAUACUUUGCAAAAUUAAGUUUAUGACAAAUUUUAAAUGGUAUAUCUUUGACAUUAUUGCAGGGGUUCCUGGUUUGUCUGUGACCUAUAAUUUUCCUUGCUAUUCCAGCAGGAGAGUUGAGCCUCAACCGAGCAUGUGACCCAUAACUUACCUUUUCCAUUCCCAGCAGGAGAGGGUUGAACUUUUUUUAUGCUAUGAAAACUUUAUGCCCUAGACCAGGGAUGCCCAACCUUUUUCGGCCUGCGGGCCAUAUCCAUUUCGGACAGCCAUGUCGCGGGCCACUUCACCGCAAAAAUACAAAAA